AUGGGCCAAUCACUUGGAACCUCGGAUACCUUGGUGUCUGCUAGCGGGAACUUCGAGCUGGGUUUUUUCACUCGAGGGAAUUCGACCAAGUACUAUGUAGGGAUGUGGUUUAAGAAAGUUCCUAAAGACAGCAUUGUUUGGGUUGCAAAUAGAAAGCUCGCAGCCAGCGAUUCCAAUGCCGUUCUCACUGUUACUGACGAUGGAAAUCUUGUAGUCAAGAAUGACAGGAUGGUGUACUUUGUCACCAACAUUUCCGACAUCAGCAGUACCCAUGUUAUGCUCUUGGAUUCUGGUAAUCUCCUGCUGAUGAACAACUCCAACUUGAACAUUUUGUGGCAAAGUUUCCAGAAUCCCACAAAUACCCUUUUGCCUGGAAUGACGGUACGAUCUGACGAAGGAGCCAGUUGGUCGUUGACAUCAUGGACAAGUGUAGAAGACCCGAGUCCUGGAAAUUUUUCUCUUGAAGUCGACAAUUCCAUGGGGAGCGCUAGGUUAAUCAUCAGGAGGGAAUCCGAGAUAUACUGGAUUGGUGAUGAGCAAUCUAAUUUCACGUUUCAAAGUAUUGGUAAUCGAGCCUCCGCUACAUGGGACACAGGCUAUUUGACUUGGCAAGGGGACUACACUUCUCGAUUGGUUCUGGAAGUUUCUGGGGAGCUUAACCAGCAAUUUUGGUCACAAGAUCGAUGCGGUGUUUCCUUGCUGUCAUCCAAGUGCGGGAGAAACGCAACCUGUGGAAAUUUUGGCAUUUGUAACCCACAAGCCACUGAUCCCUGUGAGUGCCUCCAAGGAUUUGAGCCGUACGAUGAAGAUUCUUGGAAGAAGGGGGACACACCCGCAGGUUGUCGCAGAAAAACAGAGUUAUGCAGUAACACGAGCAGUGAUGGACUCGAUGACG